AACACCCACUCCCUUCCUGUGAAGAGGAGCAGGCGUCCGAGACUGGGACUGCCCCUCGGGCGGAGCUCCCUCUCCCGUUCGGAGGUGGAAGAGUGGAGAGCUGCGGGUCCCAGCCACAGACCUCCGGGCUAGGCUCUUCCCUCCAGUCCCUCCGGCUGGUGGCAGUCGCAGCGCAUGCCGAAAAUUGAUCUUUCUCAGACUACUGGACGUGGCAAACUCUUACUGUACCCUCUUCUCCCAUUGGUUUCCCCCUAUUUUUCUCCUUCCUCCCCACCCUGCCCUCCGUCUUCUAUCCUCGCUUUUAGAGCAUUUAAUGCUGCUUCUAGCACCUUUUUGGUAUCCACUGGACGUGACACUCCAAAGCUCCAGCUACCUUAGCUGAAUGUACUUUUUAUUUCUCCCUCUCUCUCUUCCUCUUGUGUUCCUCUCAUCUGAUUGAUGUGCAAAGUCUGAUACUUCUGCCAGAGGGAGAGGAAUAAAUAGAUGCUGCUGCGCUCGAAGGCUUAGAUGUUUGGAAAGAGCAGCCAAAGCGGCGGGAGCAGAGCUCGGUGAAGCUCGUGGGACCCCAUUGGGGGAAUUUGAUCCAAGGAAGCUGUGAGAUUGCCGGGGGAGGAGAAGCUCCCAGAUCAUUGUGUCCACUUCCAAGCAAGAAGAGAAGACGGCAGAGCGGACCUCUCUGCGUCCAAGGCAGUACUACUCCCUGCCCCAUUCUGCUGGAAUCAUGCUCUGCGGCGGCCCAGGAGGGAUGCUGCUGGUGCUGCGGGCUGGGCUGCUCACCCUGUUUGCUCUCUGUCUGCUCCAGAUGCCCGGAGCUUGGGCAGCAGCCUGUGAGCCGGUCCGCAUCCCCAUGUGCAAGUCCCUGCCCUGGAACAUGACCAAGAUGCCCAACCACCUGCACCAUAGCACCCAGGCCAAUGCCAUACUGGCCAUCGAGCAAUUCGAAGGUCUGCUGGGCACACACUGCAGCCCGGAUCUGCUCUUCUUCCUCUGCGCCAUGUACGCACCCAUCUGCACCAUUGACUUCCAGCACGAGCCCAUCAAGCCCUGCAAGUCUGUGUGUGAGCGGGCCAGGCAGGGCUGCGAGCCCAUCCUUUUCAAGUACCGACACUCAUGGCCGGAGAGCUUGGCCUGCGAGGAAUUGCCGGUGUACGACCGGGGCGUGUGCAUCUCUCCAGAGGCCAUUGUCACAGCGGAUGGAGCAGAUUUUCCUAUGGAUUCUAGUAAUGGCAACUGUAGAGGUGCAAGCAGUGAACGCUGCAAAUGUAAGCCUAUUAGAGCUACACAGAAGACCUAUUUCCGGAACAAUUACAACUAUGUCAUCCGGGCUAAAGUCAAAGAGGUAAAGACCAAGUGCCACGAUGUGACUGCAGUAGUGGAAGUGAAGGAGAUUCUCAAGGCGUCUCUGGUGAACAUCCCAAGGGACACCAUCAACCUUCACACCAGCUCCGGCUGCCUGUGUCCUCCACUUACUGUCAAUGAGGAGUACAUCAUCAUGGGCUAUGAAGACGAGGAGCGCUCCAGAUUACUCUUGGUGGAAGGCUCUAUAGCUGAGAAAUGGAAGGAUCGACUUGGCAAAAAAGUUAAGCGCUGGGAUAUGAAGCUCCGUCAUCUUGGACUGAGUAAAACUGACUCUAGCAUUAGUGAUUCCACUCAGAAUCAGAAGUCUGGCAGGAACUCUAACCCCCGGCAAGCUCGCAACUAAAUCCUGAAAUGCAAAGAGUAACAUCAGUGGACUUCCUAUUAAGACUCCCAUUGCUGGAUUAGCAAAGGAAAAUUGCACUAUUGCACAUCACAUUCUAUUGUUUACUACAAAAAUCAUGUGGUAACUGAUAUUACUUCUAUUUUCUGUUUUUUUCCCCACCCCACCCCCAUUUUUUUUAAUGCCCUGGGGUUAGAUCCUUAAAUAUAUUACAUGUUUUCUAUUUCAAUAAUUACAAAAAACUCUUCUUUGGCAAUAAUAAUAAAUUAAACAUGUUGAUACCAGGGUCCCUUUGUUGGAGUCCCCAGAUGUUAACUUCAUGUUCUGCACCCACACUGGAAAAGCAAAAUUGGAUGUAAGGAGAGAUUUCUGCUAUAUGUGGAAAGCUAGAAAUGCUGAAAACAUUCUCUGCUGAUCUAAUUACAGCCUUAUUUUUGUCUGCCGUUUGGGCAUUCUCUUCAUGCUUAAAAAGUUCUAAAUGUUUAUAAAGGUAAAAUGGCAGUUUGAAAUCAAAUGCCACACAAGUACAGGCAAAGCAAUCAAGCACCAGGAAGCAUUUAUGAGAAAAUGACACACAGAUGAAUUAUUUCCAAGAUUGACAGGAAGCAAAAUAAAUAGUUCUAGGAGCCAAGGAAAGAACAUUUUGCCUGAUUAAGAAGCACAAUUGAAACCAGUAGCCAUUGGGGCAUUAACAUUUUUGGCAAUACAUUUGAGUUGUUCGUGGAUAUAUUAAUCAGCAUUAGGGAAGUGAAUUAUAAAUAGGCAUCUGCUGUUAUCACUAUAGUUUUGUUUAAUUUGCUUUCUUCUAAAUAAACCUGUUGGUGGAUGUUUCCUCA